AUGAGCAUGAAAUACGUUGCUGCAUAUCUUAUGAACGUCCUCGGAGGCAACGAAGCCCCCACAGCCAAAGAUGUCUCAAAAACAAUUCAAGCUGUAGGCGGAGAUGUAGAUGAAGAGGUGCUAAGUGCUCUUAUCAAUGCUAUGCAAGGAAAGACUGCACAUGAGGUAAUUGCUGCAGGGAUGGAGAAGCUGCAGAAGGUGCCGACUGGUGGCGUUGCUGCUGCAGCACCUGCUGCUGCUGCUGCUCCUGCUGCAGGUGGUGGUGCAGCAGCAAAAGAACAGAAGAAAGAAGAGCCUGAGGAGGAAGAAGACGGGGACAUGGGUCUGUCUCUCUUUGAUUAA